CCCCGGUCCUGCCCGGGCGGCCCCAGCGAGUUAGGCCCUGCGGCAGCCGGCGGCCAGGCACCCGGGAGUGGUGGCCCCGCGUCUGUAUCUCGUCCGCCCGUCGUCCGCUCGCCUGCUCGGGAUGGCCGGCUUUCUGCGGGUCGCACGCUCGCUCAGCAGGGUCUCUGGCCCCGGACCGGCCUGGGCGCCUGCGGCCCUGACAGCCCCGAACUUGCAAGAGCAGCCGCGGCGCCACUAUGCUGACAAGAGGAUCAAGGUGGCCAAGCCCGUGGUGGAGAUGGACGGUGAUGAGAUGACCCGCAUCAUCUGGCAGUUCAUCAAGGAGAAGCUCAUCCUGCCCCACGUGGACGUCCAGCUCAAGUAUUUUGACCUUGGGCUUCCAAACCGCGACAAGACUGAUGACCAGGUCACCAUUGACUCUGCGCUGGCCACCCAGAAGUACAGUGUGGCGGUCAAGUGUGCCACCAUCACCCCUGAUGAGGCCCGAGUGGAAGAGUUCAAGCUGAAGAAGAUGUGGAAGAGCCCCAACGGAACCAUCCGGAACAUUCUCGGGGGGACCGUGUUCCGGGAGCCAAUCAUCUGCAAAAACAUCCCACGUCUCGUUCCUGGCUGGACCAAGGCCAUCACCAUUGGCAGACAUGCCCAUGGCGACCAGUACAAGGCUACAGACUUUGUGGCAGAUCGGGCUGGCACAUUUAAGAUGGUUUUCACCCCGAAGGACGGCAGCGGCACCAAGGAGUGGGAAGUGUACAACUUCCCUGCCGGCGGCGUGGGCAUGGGCAUGUACAAUACGGACGAGUCCAUCUCGGGCUUUGCACACAGCUGCUUCCAGUACGCCCUCCAGAAGAAGUGGCCGCUGUACAUGAGCACCAAGAACACCAUCCUGAAAGCCUACGACGGGCGCUUCAAGGACAUCUUCCAGGAGAUCUUUGACAAGCACUAUAAGACUGACUUUGACAAGAACAAGAUCUGGUACGAGCACCGGCUCAUUGACGACAUGGUGGCUCAGGUCCUCAAGUCUUCGGGUGGCUUUGUGUGGGCCUGUAAGAACUACGAUGGGGACGUGCAGUCGGACAUCCUGGCCCAGGGCUUCGGCUCCCUUGGACUUAUGACCUCUGUGCUGGUCUGCCCGGAUGGGAAGACCAUUGAGGCAGAGGCUGCUCAUGGGACUGUCACUCGCCACUAUCGAGAGCACCAGAAGGGCCGGCCUACCAGCACCAACCCCAUCGCCAGCAUCUUUGCCUGGACACGUGGCCUGGAGCACCGGGGGAAGCUGGAUGGAAACCAGGAUCUCAUCAGGUUUGCUCAGACCCUGGAGAAGGUGUGUGUCGAGACCGUGGAGAGUGGAGCCAUGACCAAGGACCUGGCAGGCUGCAUCCACGGCCUCAGCAAUGUGAAGCUGAAUGAACAUUUCCUGAACACCACAGACUUCCUGGACACCAUCAAGAGCAACCUGGACAAAGCUCUGGGCAAGCAGUAGGGGCCUGCACUGCCCAGCCUCUGUGGUGGAUGCAACAGAGCCGAGCAAGCAGUGGCUGCAGGUCCUCCCAACACAACGGAGGGUGAGCCUCGCAGCUUCUCUACGGGGAGCCUGCCCACGAGGCUUUCAUAGGGGACGUUUUUUAUAAUUGAGAUAUUUUUUAAAGCCUAACUGUGUUUCCCCUCAUAGAGACGUGAGGCAGGAACAGCGUGUUUUACCUCAGCCAGUCAGUAUGUUUUGCAUACUGUAAUUUAUAUUGCCCUUGGAACACAUGGUGCCAUAUUUAGCUACUAAAAAAGCUCUUCACAAAA